AUGGAAGUUGGUACUACCCUCAGUUUAUAUCUGCCGCUAAGCAGUACUUCAAUCCUUUAUGUUGGUUUAGAAGAAAUGGCUAAAAGAGGGUGCAGAGAAUUUCAUAUUCAAGAUGAAGAAAUAUUGCAGUUACUUAUGGCAGAUAAAAGUGACGGAGAAGAUGACUUACAGUUAGACGAAGAAGAACAGCAGUUCAUAGCUCAAGAUGUAGAAAAUGGAACCGAUGUUGUUGAAAUUGAAGAUUCUGUUCAAGAACCAACAAAUUAA